AUGACAGCGGCCGACCUGGCACUUUUGAAGUCGUGGCUCGAGGAGCUGUCACCGGCCCAACUCUGGACCCUGGACGACGCUUUCGUUCCUUGGCUACCGCCGCUGCAAAACAGCACGCGUCGUCGUGCUGUCAGCGACAUCAUUCGCGCUUUAAAACGCAUUGAUGCCCCGAGACAACGGCUGCAGUACCUCGCUUGGCUACACUGCUGGUUGCUGCCGCGCAGAAGUAUUCGGCCGUGGUACGCUAUUCGCUUCCAGAAAGCUGAGGUUCUCUCCGACUUUCGCCGGGUGCUUUCACGCACGGCGUCGGUGCUGCGCUUUGACGGUUGCGAGGUGACGCUAACGUGGACCCUGGACGAGGGCACCGUCUUCGCGUGCCUGCUCGUAGAGAGGCUGCAGAGCCUGUCUCCCGACCACGAGGCGUACUACGUGGCCCUGUGGCCCGGGCUGCCGCUCGUGACCAUGUUUGCCCCGGAGCAACGCUCAGUGCGCCGCUUGCGACUGGCUUUACACAGGGCGACGGUAGGAGCACCGAUGCAGGAACUGGACGUGCCGAACGGGGACCUCGAGGUGGUCUUCCACGCCUGCUGCUCGUCGCACUUGAUGAUACAGAUUGAACCGGGUACACUCGAAGUUCCAGUGGUGAGAAAAGAAGACCCAGGCAGCCUAAAAACCUUGGACGAAGAAUCUAAACGACGUCUUGAUCAUUGGAACGCUGCUCUUGCUGCGUUAGGGCCCUCCCUGAAACCUGCCGACACUUUCUAUACGCUUACUAAUGGCAAAGGGAUCUGGGUGACCUUCGAAGGUCCCAACCUGCUUGACAAGCUGCACAAUUUUUAUAUGCGUGGUUUUGAUGGUAUCAUCAGCAUGGCCAUGCUGCCAGCUUUCUUCGGAAAGGACCAUCACAUCGUCGGGAGUGACACUUCUAGUGAUUCAAAUUAAGUAUAUAUCGGCAUUCAGUAAGCUCUUCAACUGUACUGUUACCUCACUCGGUGGCCACUCCACAAGUUCAUGCACUAAAGCUUUUUAUCACCCAUCUCAUCAGUACAUGAAUGAUUACAGGAUUUGGGGCUGAUAAUAUUGCCACUUAAAUGUCACAAUG